AUGCUUCCCGGAUCCAUCUUCUCAUUCGCCACCGCGGGUGGCACCUUCUUCUUCCUCCUCUUCCUCGUAAACCUCGUCUUCUUCCGGCUCAUACAUAUGGUUCCCACCACCGAGUCCCCAUCAGUAGCAGCAGCAGAACUUGCCCGCUCCGGCUGCCGUUCUACAGAUGCCCUCUGCGUUCCCUGGAUCACUAGGCUCCUGUUUGGUCUGCUCGAGGUCUCCACCGCGGCCCGCUACCUCAUCGCUUGGGUGUCCUGGCUGCAACCUCUCAUUAUCCUGCCCCUU